UCCUACCUCCCUCUUAGCUUGCCUCCGUCUUCCUCUCAACAUUUUAUUUGAAGGAGCUUCCACCCUUCUUCUACACCACCAAUUCGUAUCCAUCUCCCUCUUAGCAAAAGGAUUCAUUCACCUUUUAUACACGAUCAUGGCGGAUGAAGUGAAAGUCAAGCUACAUUGGCUCGAUGGCUCCCGGGCUCAGAGCACUCUCUUCCUGCUCGAAGAGCUGGGGAUCCCGUACGAGCUCGAGAUUUACCAUCGCCAAAAGACCAUGCUGGCGCCGCCCGAGCUCAAGAAAAUUCACCCACUGGGCAAGUCGCCUGUGAUCACUGUCACGGCACCGGAUGUCCCUGAGCCUAUCGUUCUCGCAGAGAGUGCGUUCAUCACGCAAUACCUAUGCGACCACUUUCCCAAGGGCAAGGCUCUUGUGCCACAGCGCUGGAAAGACGGCAAGGAGGGCAAGGUCGGCGGUGAGACAGAUGAAUGGAUGCGGUACCAGUACCUGCUGUACUACAUCGAGGGCAGCUUCAUGUUCACUAUGGUUCUGCACUUUAUCCUUAGUGGGCUCAAAGGAAACAACGUCCCGUUCUUCGUCCGGCCUCUUACGACACUCAUCGCAAACCAGUUGAUCGCCAUGAUCGUCCUGCCAAACAUGAAGCGUCACUUCGGGAUGAUGGAGCAGUUCCUGGAGACAUCACCUGGCGGCGGCGAUUACAUGUGUGGUCGUAACAUUACUGGUGCCGACAUCAUGCUCUCCUACCCGCUCAUUGUCGGAAAGGAUGGCGCGUUUGAUGGCAUCGGCAAGUGGGAAAAGGGCUCGUUCAAGGAGACAUUCCCGAAACUCCACGCCUACGCCGAGCGUCUGGCAGCAGAGCCGGGAUGGAACAGAUCGGUAGAUAAGAUCAAGGAGAUCGAGGGCGGCUUUUCCAUCCUGCCCAACCCUGGCGGCCAACCGUCUGCGCGUAUCUAAGACGACGGCCCGGCCUCAAACCUGGCCAAGCCGUCUUAUGGCCGCAGAACAAGCCUUUUUUUCGGGCGGCACCUGUUACCAGGUUGGCCGAGAAA